AUGGAAAUUCCAGUAGUGAACAGAAUAAGCGAUUUUCAGUCCCGCAUAACCUCGCUGCCGGACCCAUCUCUUUUCUCACAGGCCUUUUCGAUUUCCGUCAUCGAAAGGGUCUCUCAAGCUUGCAGCUUUUGGAAAUGGGGAGCUCUCAUCAUCGCAAUUCUAGCUUCCUUCGGCACCAUACUCACUAAAAUAAACAUUUUUAUUACCAGACUCCGACGCCUAGGAGUUUUAAGCUCCCAGGCUGUUUCCCAGAAGCUCCAAGACGACGAUUUCUCCGACAUCGACGACGAUGAUGACGAUACCUGUUCUAUUUCUUCCUCCUCCUCCUUAUCCGAUGAUGAAUUAGAAUCCGAUUCCGAGAUAUCGUACGAUAACGCCGGUACUCCCAGUGCCAGGGAUGAACAUUUCCUAGUCAGGGGCUCUGGUUAUUACGGAGACGACCGAGAGCAGAAUCGUAAUUCGACGCUCCGCCGGCGCCGAAGCUUCGGAGGACACCACCGGUUCUCUUGGUCCGACUUCACCUCCGGCAAGAGUGUCGUCAAGCUCUGGGACACGUCAUCGCCGGCCACGUUUCUAUCUGCGGACACAAGUGUCUCGGGGCGUGCGUCAAUCGGUGUAUGGGACACGCGCGUCGGAUGCCGGUUUCCGGCAAUACUCGCCGAUUGGGGCCCGCAGCUCGGUAGAAUCGUUGGAGUCGCGUCGGGCGGCGUCGAGAAGCUUUACGUCAAGGAUGGCGUCACGGGGGCCUUGACGGUUGGUGACGUGAGGAAGGCGGAGUCGCCGUUACGGAACGUAACGGACGCUGACAUGGAUGACACAUGGUGGGACGCUGACGCCGUUAUUGCGACGGACGGGCGUUUUGACGAGUCAGCCGUGAGUGGAUGUGACUGGGCCGUCACGCGGUGUUGUAGCGCUGUUAGAUCUUAUCUGCUGUAA